UCAGUAGCGCACGCUGUCGGUCGCUCUUGCACUUGGCGUUAUUUUGUACAGGUUAGCCUGUUAGCAUUCUUCAUGGCUAAUGGAACUAGUGAAGUUGUAUUUGUUCGCGGAACCGGUCAGAGUGAUGACUCAGACAUUUGGGAUGACACCGCUUUGAUAAAAGCCUAUGAUAAAGCAGUCGCAUCAUUUAAGAAUGCAUUGAAAGGUGAAGAUGAUACGACUCAACCUAAAAAAGAAAAACCUGGCAACAAGCGAAAGAAUAACAAAAAGAGCAAAAGCAGAAAGAAAUCGAAUGCGUCACCUGACAGAGAGUGGAAGGUCGGAGAUACCUGUUACGCAUUUUGGUCUGAGGAUGGGAACUUGUACACUGCCACUAUUACCUCUAUAGAUGUGCAGAAGGGCACCUGUGUUGUGUGUUACACUGACUAUGGGAAUGAAGAGGAGCAGAAUCUGAGCGAUCUCCUCACAGAUAUUCCUGAGGUGGACAUAGAAGCUAAACAGACAGUAGAUGGUAAAGAGUCGUCAACAGAGGAGAGCGAUAGAUCUUCUACUCCACAUCAGUUUAAUCAACAGAAGCACAAAGCUAAAGGCAAAACUUCAGCGGGACGUCCUAUGUGGGCUUCUGGUUUUCCUCCACCUCCUGGCCCACACUUCAGAAUGUCUGAAGGUAAAAGAGGAGAUCCUGGACCUGCUUUCCCUGGUUGGCCCCCAAUGAUUCCACCUGGUCCACCGAUGAUCCCACCGCCGCCACCAAUGAGUCCAGACAUGCUGGAGGAUGACGAGGCUUUAGGCAGCAUGCUGAUCUCAUGGUACAUGAGUGGCUACCACACAGGAUACUACCUAGGCUUGAAACAAGGUCGAAAAGAAGCUGCAGCAAAGAAGUCUCAUCACAAAUAAAACGAUUCAUUGUUUAAUCUGGUUAAAAUGAGCCACCGUGUUAAAUUCUUUACCAUGUUUUGUAUUCUUUGUAUAUAAAUUAAUUAAAUGCAAUGUUAUUUUUCACCA